UAAUAAAAAAAGUUGGACUUAUGAACUCUGGAUGAGUUGGUAUUAGUAAUUAAUAGAAUCCCUCAUCCUCAAGGGAGAUUUGAGUUGGUUGAUUGAAACUUGAAGAUUAGUUUAACUGGGACAGAGUAAAAGUAUCCAGAUUGUUAGUACUUUGUCUUCCAUUACAUACAUUUAAAUAUAAUAUAAUAAAAAUGGCACGAGUUCUUGUUGGUGUUAAAAGAGUAAUUGAUUAUGCAGUAAAGAUACGUGUGAAACCAGAUAAGACGGGAGUAGUAACCGAUGGGGUUAAACAUUCAAUGAACCCGUUCGAUGAGAUAGCAGUUGAGGAAGCUGUUAGAAUGAAGGAAAAGAAACUGGCUCAAGAAGUGAUAGCUGUCAGCUGUGGACCUGCUCAAGCACAGGAAACUCUGAGGACUGCUCUGGCCAUGGGCGCAGACCGAGGAAUCCACGUCGAGGUCUCGGGUCCAGAGUACGAAACCCUCCAGCCUCUUCAUGUCUCAAAGAUACUCGCCAAGUUGGCGCAAGAUGAGAAGGCAGAUCUUGUUAUUGUUGGUAAGCAAGCUAUUGAUGACGACUGCAACCAGACUGCCCAGAUGACUGCUGGUAUUUUGGACUGGCCUACGGGAACAUUCUGCAGCAAAAUCGAACAUGGACAGGGUGAGCUGACUAUCACUAGAGAAAUUGAUGGAGGUCUAGAGACUAUUAAAGUCAAGACACCGGCUGUCCUCAGCGCAGAUUUACGUUUGAAUGAACCUCGCUAUGCUACUCUGCCGAAUAUUAUGAAAGCCAAGAAGAAGCCGAUUAAAAAAGUCACUCCAAAAGAUUUGCAAGUUGACACUGCGGCGAGAAUUGACGUCGUAUCGGUUGAAGAACCCCCAGUCAGGCAAGCCGGGUCCAUCUUACCCGACGUUGAUGCUCUUGUUGGAAAACUCAAAGAAGCUGGUCAUAUUUAAGUACUGAAAAUAAUACAGUACAAUCUGGUUAUAAGUAAUCGCUUAGUUCUCUGCAUAUGUGUACCAAGUGUUUAGCAUUAAUUAAAACUCAACGACUGGAUACUUGCAUGCAUGUUGAUGUAAAUCUGCAGCCGUAAACUGAAUGUAAUUUUACAGAAAAACUUGUCGUCAAUUUGAAGUGAAACUUUCAAUCAACUUAACGUCAUUAUCUGACAGUAAAAUUUUAAGUAAAAUGGAAUUCAAGUUACAGAAAAUCUACUGUCAACUUGACUGCAACUUUUCACACUCCAACUUUUGCUGUUAAGUUGACUUCAGAUUCCUGCCGUAGCUUGAAGUUAACUUGCAGUUAUGGUGGCUAUCAGGGGUACAGAAAAAAAAAUCUUAGCUGAAAGUAAAUAUUCUUGACUAAAGAAAAUUUUUUUUAAAUCUCGACUUUGAAGAAAAAUCUUGACUUUGUUCCCGAAAACGUCUUCCAAAAUAUUUUCUUGACUUAAGAUAAAUUUUUCUUCGAUGACUUAUGACCAGGUUGUACUGUAUCACAAAAUUUAUAUAAAUUGUUAGACUGCUUAGAGUUUUUAAAUAAUUAAAAUUUGAAAUUUUAUUUUUU